AAAAUGACACUGUUAAGAGAAGAAACAAAAGGUAAAGAAAAGGUCUUCCAAUAACCUCUUCCCGUCGGCCACACUCUCUCGCUCGAUCGCACAGCAAGGCCAUUCCCCCAUCUCCGAUCGUUCUGCCGCCGUCCGGCCUGCCAGUCGUGUACAACCGCCAGCGGUUCGCCGGAGAUAAGGGACUGAGUUUCAGUUAAAUUUGUUCUGCUGCUGUUUGAGAGACGGCGUUUUUGACAUCAUGGUUAAUGCUAUUAAAGGGAUGUUCAUCUCCUGUGACAUACCUAUGGCACAAUUUAUCAUCAAUUACAAUGCUUCCUUGCCUGCAUCCCAUAGAUUUAUCAUCCAUAUACUGGAUAACACUCACAUGUUUGUGCAACCACACGUAGCUGACAUGAUUCGGAACGCCAUCUCGGAAUUUCGAGAACAGAUUUCUUAUGAGAAACCUACUUGAACAAUGUUGGUAAUCAAAGUUUCACUAUAUAAUUGUAUUUUUUUAGAUUUUUUGAGGUUAUAGAUUUUACUUAUAAAAUUUAUUGUGCAUUCAAAGAGUUUUACAUUGUAUUGAUGUCUCUCCACUAUGCAAUGUAUCUCAUCUGAUUUGAAGAUCUAGAAUGGCAGAGACUAGUUAUUUUUAAGGUUCAGUUAGACACCAAAUUUAAAAUAAUAUAUUUCUUUUUAAAAA